UGCGUAGCGGCAACUUUGGUUAUGUCAUCAGUCAGUAAAUAUGAAAGAACGACACAAACAUUCGGAAAGGAAAACAAAUUUUCUCCUUCAAUAACAAAUUGCAGAUGAGUCACUUAAUAUUUUAGUUAUUUUGUGGAAAUAUAGAAAAAUAUACAACGGAAAAUGGGUUUAUUCGGUCAGACCAAAUCUAAAGAUCCCAAAGAACAAGUUCAAGAAUGGACGCAUAAAAUACGCAAGGAAAGCAAUCAGUUGGAUCGUCAAAUACGCAGCAUUCAUAGAGAAGAGGAAAAGGUGAAAAGAUCUUUGAAGCAGGCUGCCGUCAAGAACGAUCGUGACACUUGUGUGAUAUUGGCCAAAGAAAUUGUCAAUGCCCGUAAAGCCGUUGGCCGCAUUUAUACAUCAAAAGCCCACCUCAAUUCCAUACAACUAAAUAUGAAAAAUCAAUUGGCUACUUUACGUGUUGCCGGCUCUCUUCAAAAAUCCACCGAAGUUAUGCAAGCCAUGCAAAAUUUGGUACGUUAUCCUGAACUGGCCGGCAUCAUGCGUGACAUGUCGAAAGAAAUGAUGAAAGCCGGCAUUAUAGAAGAAAUGCUGGAGGAGACUAUGGAUUCCCUGGAGGAGACCGAAGAAAUGGAAGCGGAAGCACAAAAAGAGAUUGACAACGUGCUAUUCGAAAUUACCGAUGGCAAAUUGGGUGAAGCUCCUGUCCCGCCAGAGGAUUUAGCUGCGGGUGGCGAAAAAGCAACAGCAGAAGAGGAGGAUGCAGAGGACGACGACGAAGAAGAUUUGCAAGAAAUGCAAAGUCGAUUGGCUUCCCUGCGCUCUUAAAAAUCAAAUUGAUAAAAACAGUGUUGCUCUAUCAUUCAUGAGAAUAAAUGUUGCACUCUGUAGCAGGGAUUCUUUUUUGUGGACAUUGUAGACAUCAUUAGACAUCGUUGAGUGGUCGAAUGCUGGCAGUUAUUACCAUUUUAGUUUAAAUGCGCGCAAGCGUGGCCCCUUCGGUCUUUAUUUACGCUUUAAAGAACUUUGUUCUCCUUAAGCAACUUUUUUCUUUGUCUUUCUCGUCUUCUGUAAAUUAAAAAUUUAUUUAUUCUCUUUUAAUGUAAAUAUUGUUAUUUCUUAGUAAUUAACUUUAAUUAGUUCUUACUUCCCAAGUAGUAUCAUUUAGCUAAUGCUUGAAUAUUAAGAUUAUUGUUUAAAAAUAUAACAAUUGCGAAAGUAUAGUUAUUAAAAAAGAACAAACUCUUAAAUCCUUUUCAUUUACAUACAUCAUGUACUCAAUAUCUGCUAUCAGCAUACGUUCUUUUUUUUUAUGUUACGUUUUGUGCAAGGGAAAAUGUGUCGGGAGUUUCUUCGAAAUUCUUCUUUUUUGUGCUAAUUUUCUUGAACAUUUUUAACGCAGAGAAAUGCGCCGAGCCUUUUGGUUAAACGCAUCUUAACAGCGAUAAGUGGAUUCUUUACCCAUUUAGGUGUAAUCGUAGAAAAUAUCAUUUUAUUCAAACUUUAAGGAAUCUACUUCGAAAUUCACAAAUUAUCAAAAUUAGAAAUAUCAAGCAAAUAUCUGAAACCAAGAAUGGUCUUAAUCGGCUAAUUGUUGUACUUUGGGCGCAUUGUUCAAAUCGAGGUAAGAGGGCAAUUUUACUGUUCAGCGAAUCGAGCGUUGAGGCAACUUUU